CCAUAACAAUACCAACCUCCAUCAACACUCGAAUGGAUUCUAUACAUCCACAGCCACGAGAGAGCGCAUUAUGGAGCCGCUGCUAAAACGCCAGCGUCUUUACUCACCUAUUCGCAACCAGUUUCUGCGAACGUUCUCGAGGGAACAAGGCUACGAUAUUCAUGAGCGCGAUGAGCUACAAGAUUACGAUGACUUGGAGCAACCCCGGCGGGGCUAUGAAUCCGAGGAAGAAGAUGACGAGGAUGACGAUGAUACGAUAGAUUCAGUGCCAGAUCCGGACUCGGAACUGCAGCAGAAAAGGAUGCAAUUGGAUUUCAAAUUAAAGUCAACAUUCGAGUCGAUUUUCGAAAAGUACGGCAAGGACUUUGAAGGCAUUGGGGAUGAGAUUGAUUUGGGAACUGGAAGAAUCGUUGUCGACAAUGGACACCUUUCCGCGAUGCGACAUGAAAGAGACGCCGGAUCCCGAUUAUACGACGAAUCUACCGAAUAUACAGAGGAGUCGGUCGAGAGCUCGCUUGGAGGUGAUGAUACGUUAUUCGAGUACGAUGAGGACGAAGAGGAAGAGGAAGAAGAAGAGGAAGUAGAAGAGGGCGUUGAAGAAAUCGAGGAAUAUUAUAUUGGAGAUGGGGAGGAUGAUGACAUGGAGGAUGAUAUGAUUUUGAGGGGGUUUACAAAGGCAACUCAGAAUAUUCAGCCAGAGCCAGCCCAUUCUAGACGGCCUCCUAAUUUCGUCGAGAAUACCAGGACAAUUCUUGAACCUCGUCAGAUUGCGCCAACCACAGUACAAAACUCUCUUCGCCCAUCCCAUUCCGCGACUCUGGCUGAGUUUGGCUCUCAAAUUCACCAAUAUGUAUCAGAACAGCAUUCACGCCGAAAUAUCGACGUUGACCCCGCAUGGCAGGCACCCAAGUUGUCAAUGAUAGAAGUUCCACGCAAUCAAGACACCGAUAAUCCCUGGCGUAUACCACCCCUACCAAGCCCUCCACGCAAACACAUCGAGAGGGGACUAUCGUGGCAGACCGUUCCACCAAAUCAGAAUACAAAUAAUCUAGCAUCCGCCUGGAAAGUCCCGGAAUUACCUGACCGAAAUUGGAAUAGCAGGAAUGAUAUUGAACCUUGUUGGCGCAUCCCUGAACUUCCUGUGUCCGUACCAAGGACACGUCCCGAUCUAAAUAUGAACUUCAAGCCAGCUUUUAAAAGACAGAAAUCGUCUCCUGUGGCGGUAUCAAGGCCACGUCCAGAUGAAAAUACGAGCGUCAAGCCAGCUUUUAAAAGACGCAAAUCGUCUCCUGUGGUUGCUGAUUCAGUAUGGGCGGAACCAGAGAAGGAGCGCCGAAAUAAUCCCCUUGCCAAGAAUAACCGCAAUCCAUUCACAGUUGAAGAUGACCACGUUCUACUGGAUUGUGUCAAAAAAGCGAGAAUUCGUGGUAUAAUAAUGGAUGGAGAAUUUUGGAAAGGGAUGGAAGCUCAGGUGUGUAUUCAUUCCCUUUACUCCUUCGAGUCUCUUUCGCUAAAAGAAUACAGUACCCGCGCCACCCUUUUAGAAGUUGGAAGCAACGAUACGAAAAGAAAUAUUCAUAUCUCGAACCAGAUGAAAUUGGGGAGCCGGAAUCGCUGAGAACCACGGAUUCUGAAAGCUUCAGGGUUCCUUCUCGACUUCCAAGCCCGCCAAAAAAAAGAACCUUCUUGAAAAAGUCACCCGAGAGACCUUUGCCCAUUCCAAGUCGCCUAAUUCCAGAACCAGUGGUCAACCAACCUAAGAGUUCGGCACCGAUAAAGCCUCAAUAUGCUGAAAAGCCUCGCCAGCCUACCCAGCAAGAUUCCAGAGUAAUUACUUGGUCCAGAGCUAUCGAUGCCACUAAAACACCGGUCCCAGAAGGGCAUACCGAAGACCUCCCCGAUGCAAGGCAAGCGAUUGGGAGUAUUCUUGGUAAGAGGAGGUAUAGCCAGUCGGAAAUCAAAUCAUCAUACACUCGGCAUAUUGAUCAAAGACCAUGCGACUCUGGUCAAUCUAUGUUCUCUAGUCACAGUAAUCGAGUCAUCAACGAUUAUCAAAUACCAGAUCAGCCACAACGACAGUUUAUUGAUUUGACUGAAACUCCAUCGGAGAAAGACGAUGGACUUAUCCUUCCUCCAAUGAUUCAUGAAAAACCUCCAAUUGGAACUGCUCCAUGCCCUCACAAGGAUUGUAAGAGUUACCCUUCAAGGUUCUACCAGCUGGACAGAACGAUAGAGGAAGACUCCUCAGAAAUGGCUGUUCAUCUUUUUGAAGACCACCGUACUACAGCUUUCCCAUGCGGAGAGUUAAAUUGCCCUUACGUGGGCGAAAACGGAUACUUUACACAAUUUGAGCUGGUAGAGCACGUCAAAAGUGCUCAUCCCAACAGUGCAGCGUUGCGGCGACUCGAAGGACGCGUGAGCUCAACUCUUUUAGCGGGUGUAAAGCCUGUUGAUGCCCACAUUAGAUCUAGCUGGAUUAAUCCUGGUGAUACUGAAGUGGCAACUACACACCAAGAGUCCCACUACGAAUCUCCAAAAAUGGCUCAAAAAUCCCGUGUCUCAUCAAGUAGCCAACUUCCCUCUUCUGGCUCUGACAUGGAUCGCACUUUGACCCCAAGGGGCACGGCUGGUACAUCAAUGUAUACGCCUACGACUAGUGUUUCUUCGCUCAUAGUUAAUCACCCCUCUGCACAUAGCGAUCCGGGAGAGGGUCUCAACCAAGAUCGGUCUUCUUUACCAGUCGUGCAAACUACCGAGAACCAUCACAUCGAAGCUACACCAUCUACUUCGAAGGGCUUUAGCUCCAUCCGAGAGCCAACCAUCGUAGAAGAUGAAUUGCCCACUAGGAAAUUUUUCAAAGAACAGGAUCAGAAUAUUCAUCUCCCUGAUGCGCAACAAAGCUUUUCUUCUACUGCUGGCAUCUUGGGAAGUGAUGAUGCGGACAGUGUAGGAACCGAUAGAACCCAUCUAGCACAGUAUGUUCAAAGUCCAGUCGUGGACCAAUCAUCCCCCUUGAGACCAAGAACUUCACUUCGCUCAAGUAUCCCAGAUUCACAGGGUUCUGCGGCUGUGGUACAACUAUCACGCGAGCCUGUUCUACCUGAAAAUGCAACACCUCAAAAUAAUGCCAAAGAGACAACGAGCUUGCCGCGAAAAUCACCGUCAACCGUGGACACUCCCGCCAUACCCAAAGUCGCCCCAGCGACAAGACCUCAACCACCUCGUGCUGAAAGAUCACUACCUAAACAAACUUUCAAGACACCUGCCAGAAAAGGGAGAAAUAUACAUCCUGGCUCAGCAGUCGAGGGAGAUGAUGAGCUCAAUCUGACAGCCGAUGGAUUCCUCCUCCUUGCUUCGAAAUCCAGAAGCAGGCCAUUGCCUUUGGAAACGCCAGAAAAGGUAAAGCGAGAAGAGACUGCAGACAUUAUAGACGUCAAUCCAAAAUCAUCUGUUUCUGCGAAGAGAACGAAGAGAAAGCUGAAUCAAAUUCUGGAUGACGACGAUAUUGAUGAGCUGACUGCAGACUCCCCAAUGCAUUGCAUCUCAUCAAUUGGUUCAUCUGCAAGAAAACAAGUCAAGGUAAAGACAGAAGAGGAACUUAGAGCUACUGGCACCCAGCCCUCCCAUCAGAAGCACCGAAUAGUAAAACAACCAAAACCACGGAAAGUUGUUCAUCAAUCCCGUCCCGCCGUUCCGGGAUUGAGUGGGCGGAAAUCGCAAACUCCUCGAUCAGCUUCCAGAGUUGGGCCUGUUCUGGGACCCGCUCGUACCAUUACACCUUUACUUGACCUCACUCCAGCAAAGAAGAGAGGUGCCCAUGCGAACCAGAACUUCGCGGCCCCCGAUUUAGCAGGUGCUAGCUCAUCGCGAGCUGAUGUUCCUACCACUCACAACGAGGGAUCAUCGUCACCGAUGGAGGCUCUUAUCACACCAUCAGGCAAAUCAUAUCGUCAGGGCAGUGUAGAAAUUAAAGAGGAAGUCACAGUUCCCGUAGUGAUUGUCAGGACUCCACUAGGCACAUUGAAGAAAUGCGGAGAGAAUGGAUUUGCGUGUAAGAAAUCUUUCUGCUUUCGUUGUGGGAAGUCCAAAUUGGGUGGAUCUUGAGCUUGUUUUGGUGGUCAUUUCGGUACAUACGAUUAGUAAUUAUGGCGGAGAUAUACUGGUCAUAUAGUCGGGAUCAU